AUGGCGGAAGCGAAGGCAAGACUUGGCAGUCUCUUUGGGUCAAAUGGUAUGGUCGACAACACGAACGAUCCCUUGAGGUACAGCGCACCGAAGGAACCGACCAAGGCGGCAACUGCCGCGGCGCCAUCUUCAGCAAGCAGCGCUGAAAGCACUCCCAACAUCAUUUACACGAGCACCGUCGCGCUGUUCAAGUACGACGCAGCUAAACGGUCGUAUGCAUCGUGCUCGCCGUCUCCCGUGGGCUGUGUUAUACUCGGGAACAACGCCAGUUAUUCUCUCCUCCUGUACAACGCGGCAAAGGAGCACUUGUCGCGGUCCCCUGUUACAGUCUCGCUCCAGGCUACGCUCCAGCCAGGACAGUACGUGAAUUUCUACGACGCAAUCGGGGACAACUACUCGGCGCGAUUUUCCACUGACGUCGACGCGCAGACGUUCAUCCGCACGCUGUUCCUGACCAAGGUGCAUGUCGGGAUCUGGGGUGGCGGCGGUAGCGCCCCAUCGAUCUCUGCAAACUCGUUGACGAAGGAAGAGCUGUCGAGUCACGAUGCGUCGGCCCGUGCCAUUUCGGAAGGGGAUUCCGUUGGCAUCGCGUUUAGCGUGUGGCGAGUGGUGGGCAACGCGGGUAGCUCCCCUCUCGACGUCGUGACCAAGUAUGCGCCGUUUGAAAAGGUGUCGGCCACGGACGUCCGGAAAUUUCGCGUCGGAGACAAAGCCGAGCGCAUAUCGGCGCUCGAAGAAGGUGUGGUCGGGAUGAAGAAGGGCGGCCAUCGCAUCGUGCUGGCGCCGCCGGCCAAAACGAACGGGAAAGACUGGUACAUUUUGCAGAUGGAACUGGUCAAGGUGAAGCCAGCGGCGGUCGACAGCCAACAAGCGUCGUCCGCAUCCCGGCGCGCUAGCGAACCGCCCAAGACGACAUCGAAUGCGAGUGACUCGGCGUCCAACGGCCAUGGCGGCGCCACAACUUUAUCGCAGGACUUGGUCGUGUUUGAACAACAAAAAGAAGAACUCGAGAAGGAGCGGCAAAAGUUGCUCGAGUUGCAAAAGCAAGUCCAAGCACAAAAGGACGCGAAUGGAGGAGCGUCCCAGCCACUUCCCCAGCAACAACCCCCCCACAUGAUGUACCCGCCACAGAUGCUCUACGGCGCGCCCCCGUCGUAUGUGCAGCCGCCGCAGCCCCAGUCGUAUCCGUGGGCCAUCAUGGGUGGCAAACCCAUCGACGCGCUGCUUGUCGAGUUGCACACGAAAGUGGACCACUUGAUUCGCCUUGCCCCAGCACCGUCGUCGUCGGUGCUCACGUUCACGGACGCUGCGCAAACGGUGCGUGGCGUCGAGCGGCUCGUGAGCGAAAACGAGCGGCUCGUGCACCAAAUUGGCUUGCAAAGCCAGCAAGUCCGUACGGUUGAAACCAAAUGCGACGACCUGCAAGCGUCCAUGGCCAAGCUUCAAGCCGAGAAGGCACAGUGGAAAGCCGCCGAGACGCUGCACCAAGCCGAAGUCGCCAACUUGGUCGCAGCCAAGCAGAACGCCGAGCAAAAGGUCAGUCGGCUCGAGCACGACGUCCAGCAACUCCAGCAAGCGUUCUAUCAAACACGGCAGACUUCAUCGGACCAGGAUGCAAGGGCCAUGGAAUUGCGCAUGGAGAGGGACGGCCGCGCGAGAGCGGAGACGGCGCUCGCCAACGAAACGGCGGCGCGGUCCCUGGCAGAGCAAGAAUUGAAUCUGGUCAAGAAGCAGUCGGUCAAUCUCGUAUCCCUCCAUACGUCGGAACUGCAGUCGCUACGCGUCACGCACGAACGAGAAGUCGCCCAGCUCGAAGACGCGCAUCGUCAGCACAUUCAAGCGUUGGAAGCGGCAGCUGCCCAGCAAGCCCAACAGGUAAGCGCGACGAGCUCUGUGCCGUCCGUGGAUGUCGAGGCGCUGCACACCCAAGUGGAGCAGUUGCGAGCGUCCAUGGAGCACUGGAAGGCGCAGGCGACGGCCGCGGCCGUCGAAGUCGAAGCGCUUCAAUCCGAGAAAGCGCUGCGUAUCGAGCGGAUUGCCGAGCUGGAGCAGAUGCAAGCGUUCCAUGCGAAUGCGCGCGAAACCGAAGUGAGUGCGUUGCAGGCGCAGAUGGCGACAUUGCAAGCGCAGAUUCAUGCGACUGGUCCCGCGCCCGCAGCGACCGGCAACGGAGCGCAAGGAGAAUGUGACCAUUGCGCCGCGGCGGAUGCGCGCGCCAGCCAGGCACUCGCCGACGCCCAACUGAAGGAAGAGUCGGCGCGGCAAGCGCUGGAAGCUGCCGAGGCGCUCAAGAAGGAAGCACAGGAGUUGCUGCUGGAAGCGCCGCCACCGUCGGCGGUCGCGCCGAAUGUCGCCGACUUGUUCAAGGAUAUGGUGAACGAGAUCUAUUAUCGCUUCCAGGAUAUCUUUGACGAACGAGAUGGCCUCGAGGGCAAGCAAGUACUAAAGGAGAUCAAGGCGGUGCUCAAGCAGAGUACCAAGGAAGUCGUGGCCAAGGUCGACGGAGCCCCUGCGUAG